AUGCGAACAUCGCUCUUUCAAGUCAAUGGGCGAAUACUGUCUCAAUUGCUAAGCCGGCGCACCAUCCAUUUGACUUCCAUCAUGUCGACCUCGAGCUCGUCAGCUACGAAGCGGAAGCAAAGAGAUUCGAUCUCUCCCCCACCAGUCAAGCGGAAAGUCCAGAGCGGCACGACGAAGAAUGCGGUUGCAAACUUCUUCAAGCCGACGUCGCAAAAGCCAAAAGACCGCACGAUAUGGACGGAACGCGCACCCAACGAGGAUACUCCCGCCACACUGCUUGUCGGCCGUUACGAACCAGAGGAGCCCUCGACCGAAACGGAGAAGAGGAGGAAGGUCGCUGCCUUUGACCUGGACUCGACGCUAAUCACAACAGCUUCGGGCAAGAAACAUGCCGAUGCUGCCGAGGACUGGAAAUGGUGGCACUCUUCUGUUCCUGGGAAGCUGCGGGACUUAUACAAAAACGAGGGGUAUUUCACCUGUAUUCAGCCCUUGAAAUUGACUGCAGCAGCUGACAUUGACAGAUAUCGUAUUGUGGUACUAUCUAAUCAAGCCGGCAUCGUUCUACAUGCCGAUCCGAAAGCAAAAACGCCAAAAUCAACAAAAGACCGAGUCUCAGCAUUCAAACAAAAGGUCAAUGCCGUACUGACACAGCUCGAUAUUCCGACCACCAUAUAUGCCGCCACAGAGAAAGACAUUUACAGAAAACCAAGGCUGGGGAUGUGGAAGGAGCUCUGCGCAGAUUACGACAUUUCUGAAGAUGUUGACUUGGAGGGGAGCAUCUUCGUCGGCGACGCUGGUGGUCGCAUCGCGGCAUCGAAAUUCUCCAAGGACUUCAGUUGUUCAGACCGCAACCUGGCCCACAACAUUGGGGUCACAUACAAGACACCGGAAGAAUUCUUCCUUGACGAAAAACCUCGGGACUUUGUCCGAGAGUUCGACAUUGUUCAUUUCCCGUACCCAGAGGACCCCAAUUCAGAGGCAUCAAGUAGUCUGUUUGAGAAGAAAAACAAACAGGACAUCGUUCUUUCCUGCGGCCCGCCAGGUGCUGGGAAGAGUACCUUCUUCUGGAAGUACCUCAAGCCCUUGAAUUAUGAACGUAUCAACCAAGACACAUUAAAGACUCGGGAAAAGUGCGUGCAAGUCGCCAAAGAGCUACUGGGUGAAGGCCAGUCAGUAGCAAUAGACAACACGAAUGCCGAUCCCGACACCAGAGCCGUUUGGGUCCAGCUCGCAGCGAAACAUAACGUUCCAAUCAGAUGUGUUUGGUUCAAGACACCCCUCCACAUCUGCGAGCACAACGAUGUCGUCCGAUCUAUGAACGAAUCUCUGAACCCCGAGUCGCGAACAGCACUGCCCCGGAUGGCCUUCAAUGGAUUCAAAUCCCGCUUCAAGGAACCGAAAGUGAAAGAGGGGUUCCAAGACAUCACCGAAGUCGAGUUCAGCUUCCGAGGAACCAAGGAUGAACAUGAAAUCUGGGCCAAAUACUGGCUGUAA